AUGUCGACUCGAGAUAAGAGCAUCUGGGAGGCGAUUGAGGCCGGCACAUUCAAGCAAGCCCGUGCCCUAAUUGCCAAGGCUCAGAAAAAAGCGCCCAAAAACACCUACUAUGGGGCUCUAAAUGCUCUGGUGAGCGUGCUGUCUGGAAACAAGGAAGAGGCUCUCAAGGAGGCAGAGGACCUUCUUGCGACUGAUCCCUCAGAUCAGCGAACAGUCAUGAUGCUCAGCAACGUUUUCACCCGGCUAGACCGCCCAGAUCGACUUCUUCCGCUUUUCGAGGGCUAUGCUAAGAAGAACCCAGCUGCUUCGACUCUAGAGACGUGGUUGUGGGCUAUGGUGGACUCCGGAAACACCUAUGGACAGCAGCGAGCAGCUAUGGCACUCAGCAAGACCGAAAAGAGCCGCCGAUCUGUGUUCUGGGCCGUCUACAGUGGACUGGUUGCUCUGGAGGAGGGAUCCAUCCCAGACAAGGAGAAGGCCAUCAUCUCAAUGCUGAGCACCAGAAUGUGCGAACAACAGCGACCCUUCGUCUCUGCAGAAGAGGUCUAUGUCUAUGCGAAGCUUCUGUGGGCUCAGGGUAAAAAAACCGAAGCAAUUGAGACCCUUCAAAAGGACGCAUUCUUCUGGAAUAACUUGGAGCUCACAAUUAUGCUACGAGAGUAUUUGAAGGAGUCAGAGCAAUGGAGUGCGCUGUUUGACCACUCCAAGAAAGUGGUGGUGGACCAGGAUCUGGACGAUUGGGCUCACUGGAAGACUCUGAUCGAAGGUGGUCUUAAGAGCGAGAGAAAGGAAGAGGUUGAGGAGGUCAUCGAGAAGAACAAAAAGACACGAAACAGCUUGUUGGCUGCUGUUGAGCUGAAUCACCAACUGAGGCUGGAUAUUACCACCUCCGUCCAGAACUAUUUUGCUAUGAUGGGUUCCAAGCUCUGUGCUUAUGAUGAUCUUAAGGACUACGUCGAAAACACGGAUACAGACACUGUUCUGAAAAUGAUUGGUUACACUGAGGAGCCCAAGAUCACCACCCUCAAGGAAGCUAUCAUCAGAGUCAACGUGGAGAAGUUGAAGUUUCUGGUCAGUUGUGAUAAAUCUGAUCACGUGACCUUCGUGGACAAGCAGAUCACUCUCUACCAGCAAACUGAGUUUCUGCUCACUAAAAAGGACCCCAAAGAGUAUCACGUUGGAGACGACUUUUUGUUGAUUGCAACCUGCUCUCUGCUAGAGGAGUACGCCAAGUCACGUGCUUCUAUCAACGUGAGCAAGGCCAUCAUUCUUCUUGAGCAUGCGAUUUCCCGUGACCAGCAUCAAUUCUAUGUGCGCCUUUGGCUGACCAGAUUGUACCUUAUUCUUGGUCUUUUCCCCUCAGCCGAGCCUCACUACGUCAGUUUGUCCAUCAAGACUAUCCAGCACGAUGUAAAUUCUCACUUCCUUCUGUCGCGAGUGUCCACUAUGUUCCCCCUUUCAUCUAAACUAGUGUCCAAGGCCCUCACCCUCUACUCCGAGAAUGACCAUGAGUCUCCCAUGCUCAUCAAACACGCAUACAACCAGAGCACCUUCUCAAAGAUUGGAGGGUUUGUGGAAUUCAAGAAGAGACUCGACUUCUCCCAGUCACGUGCUCUACUGGUUCUGGAGCAGCUCAGGAUGAGCGAGUACGCGAGACAGCCCAUAGGAGCAAAGCCUCAACCCACCCACACCCUGAUGGACCAGAGAGACAACAAGAUCAUGUGGUCAGUGAACAAGUCGAGCGACAAGUCUUACGGUGACCGUUUCACUGCUGGCCCCAAGCAGGAGGAGACUUGGACCAGAGCAUUCACUCUCAACUGGCAGAUUCAGCAGAAGCUUGGUGUUGCCGAGUUUGGAUCGCUGCUGGAAGAGCUCACACAUGUUAUGCGCGAGGCUCAUGAUUUGACGGAGGCAGAGGAGUGGCAGUUGAAUGUGACUCUGCGGUGUGCCGAGCUAGCUCGCGACAAGCUGAACGGCGAGCGAUUUACUAAGCUGCAGGAGCUGCUGACUAACCAUCCCCUUGCUGAUAUGGAAUCUCGUGACUGGUCGUAUGUGCAUGUGGCCUUUACAGUAGUCGAGACUGCUACCUCUGUGAAGAGGUACUUGACUGGUGUCCGGGCUAAUAGACUCAAAUGUGACAAGAGUGGCCUGGAUAGCACUUACAAACAAGUUAAUGCCGUGCUUGACCACGUCAAGAAGAACGCUGGCGAGGUGAAGAAUCUGCGAUCCAAGGCGCGUGAACAGGACAUUGAACUGCUUGGAGACUGGGCCCUUAAUAAGGUCAAGAUGGCUCCGGAGCGGUUUGAGGAUGUGAUUGAGGGUAUUCAUUCUAGCCGAGAUAAGGUGAUGACUGGAGUGAGAGCCGGGUGCUAA